AUGAGGAGCCGUGGUUGUCAACUGGCAGCAGCAGUUCCAGAAAAUCAUGAAAUGGUAAGGCAUCCAAAUAUGUGCGAACAACCAGGUGGUAACCUUGGAUUAACUGAAGAUCACCGUGUUCUCAGGAAUUCAGACAAUAUUAAGGUGCCAAUCCAAAUUCAAGUUAAACAUAUAGAAAUAAAAUAUGAUAAAAAAUAUACUGUCUUAACGAAAUAUGACUUUUUAGCAAAUAAUGAAGACCGAAAUGAGCGCCUUGAUCUGCCAGAAAACGAAAGUAUUCUUUAG